AUGAGCAAUCCCGGCGACUACGACGCCGUCCGCCAGGACAUUGUCACGCUUCUGCACCAGCCCGAGUACGACGACGGAAGCGCAGGCCCGAUCCUCGUCCGUCUGGCCUGGCACUCGGCGGGAACAUAUGACGCCGAGACGGACACGGGCGGCAGCAACGGCGCGGGGAUGCGUUGGGAAGCGGAAGGCGGCGACCCUGCCAACGCGGGCCUGCAGCACGCGCGUGUCUUCCUGGAGCCGCUCAAGGCCAAGCACAGCUGGAUUACGUACUCGGACCUGUGGACGCUGGCUGGGACCGUGGCCGUCAAGCACAUGGGCGGGCCCGAGGUCUCGUGGCUGCCUGGGCGCACCGACUUUGUCGACGACAGCAAGCUCCCACCGCGGGGACGGCUGCCCGACGGCGCGCUCGGCGCUGACCACCUGCGCCACAUCUUCCACCGCAUGGGCUUCUCGGACCAGGAGAUCGUGGCGCUGUCCGGCGCACAUAAUCUGGGGCGCUGCCAUGCGGACCGCUCGGGCUUCGAGGGCGCCUGGGUCAAUAACCCUACCCGCUUCAGCAACCAGUACUACAAGCUGCUGCUGACGCUGGAGUGGAAGCCCAAGACGCUGCCAUCGGGCAUACGCCAAUUCGCCUACGUCGACGAGGACACGGAGACGGAGCUCAUGAUGUUGCCCACGGAUAUGGCGCUCAUCUCGGAUCCGGCGUUUCGCCCUUGGGUCGAGAAGUACGCCAAGGAUCGCGAUGCCUUCUUUGCGGAUUUUGCAAAGGUCUUCGCAAAGCUCAUCGAGCUGGGCAUCGAGCGCGACGCGAGUGGCAAGAUCCUGAACACGGAUAACACCAAGGGCGGCUAUGUCAGUGCGCCGAAGAAGAGCUCGAAGCCUGGCGCCCCGGCUAAGAGCAAUGAGGAGGCGGAGCCGCUCAGAAAGGAGAACGCAAAGUACAGAGCGCGGUUGUAA